UUCACAUGAUCUGAAAGCUCCCUCUGAGAUAGAGACAGGAAUGUGGAAAGGAGCGACAACAUCGAUGGCUGAGCAAAGCCACAGGCUUUCUAUAAUGCGUUCAUUUUAUACUGCGUUAAUUGGGCUGACAUUCAUCUUUCACACCGAUGGAGUCCCUUGGACAGAGGAAAAGCUGCGGCACAGCGCGCUCACGCUAAGUGAAGAUGAGAUCCGUGCUGCCCUGUCUCACACCAAUCUGGAGCAAAUGUGGCAGAGGGACCUAAGGCCGCUGCUGGUUACCCGGUACCCAGGCUCUGCUGGUAGCCUGGCAGUACAGAACCACAUUAAAACAACCCUUGCUUCCCUGGAGGCGGGCUGGGAGGUGACUGAGGACAGUUUUCAGUCACAAACUCCCUACGGCCCGCUGCCCUUCACCAACUUGGUUGCCACUCUGAACCCAUCAGCCAGACGUCACCUGGUUCUUGCUUGUCACUAUGACUCCAAGUACUAUCCCCCUCAGUGGCAUGGAAGGGAGUUCCAAGGUGCCACAGAUUCUGCCGUCCCAUGCGCUAUGAUGUUGGAGCUGGCACGAGCCCUGGAUGAGGAACUAAAAACUCAGAAGAAUUCCAGCUCCAACCUGACCCUGCAGUUGAUCUUUUUUGAUGGUGAGGAGGCACUUUUCCAGUGGACUGCCACAGACUCUCUGUACGGCUCCCGUCACCUGGCAGAGAAGAUGGAGGCCACUCCGCAUCCUAAAGGAGCCAAAGACACCAACCAACUCCACGGCAUAGAUCUGUUUGUGCUGCUGGACCUCAUCGGGGCCCCUAGCCCCAUCUUCGGGAACCAGUUCCCCAGCACCACCUCCUGGCUCUCUAAGCUGCAGGAUAUUGAAAAGCGUCUGCAUUCCAUGAACCAGCUUGUUGGGCAUCCUAACAGCGUGCUGUACUUCUGGCCUGAUCGUCCUGUGGGCCAUAUUCUCGAUGAUCACAUACCGUUCCUACACCGAGGUGUUAAGAUCCUCCACCUCAUACCCUACCCCUUCCCGGCUGUGUGGCACACAUUUGACGACAACGAAGAAAACCUGGAUCGCCCCACUAUUGAGAAUCUCAACAAGAUCUUGCAGAUUUUUGUUCUGGAAUACCUCAACAUCAGGCCCAGCAUCCCUUCAAACUCCCAAAAUGCCCCAUGAGUCUUCCCAGCAUUUUAUCAUUGUGAUAUAAAGGUCUUCACUUGACCUAAUGCUCUGUUAGAGGUUAGAGCUCCAUAUAUGCAGGAUUCACACAUAUAUAUUUAAGUGCUUUCUUGUUAAACAGGUCAAUUAAAAGUAGUGUAUAACUGUAAAGCACCCCUAUUAAAACUCAGUGGCUGUAGCAUGUUUGAAAGCUGGUGAGAAAUGUUACGGAAAUGGAAGGAGCUAAUCCUGUUUUUCACAACAAAAUCCAGAGAAACUUUUUUAAUUCUGAGCUUUAACAUGAAAAAUAUAAUUU